CAUCCCCUCGAGGAACACAGCCGCGGCCGCCGCUCUUGCCUUUCCGGCUCCCGAACCCUAGCUAGAGUUCCGGCGAGCUCCGGAACCUGCCCCCACGAGGGCCUCCAGGCACUCAUCCACGAUGCCACCAGGGGGUGGAGAAACAAGCAAGCAUGGCCGCACGGGGAAGGAGCAGAGCCACCCGCUGGCGAUCCGCCGCCGCGACGAGUCCCGUCCUGCGCCGCCGUUCCCCGCCGUGGAUUCUCAGGAGUGGAGGAAGCAGAUGCAGCCGGCGGCGGCUGCGGCGAGCAUCUCCGAGGGCCCCCUUGUCGAGAUCCUGGCGCGGCUGCCGUACCGGUCGCUCUGCCGCUUCAAGUGCGUGUCCAAGCAGUGGCGUCAGCUCUGCUCCGACCCCAAAAUCGUCAAGAGGGCGUCACAGACCCUCUCCGGAUUCUUCCACAACCACCCGGUCGGCAGCCUCCGCUUCAGCAAUCUGUCCGGUGGACGUCCGCUAAUCGACACUUCGCUCCCUUUCCUGAGCGGGAGAUACCAAAGAAUCAAGCUCGAGCAAUGCUCCACCAGCAUCCUCCUCUGCAAAUGCUGGAAACUGGAAUCGGGACAAGACAAAUUCGAUUUCGUCGUGUGCAAUCCGAUGACCGAGCAGUGGACUGUGCUGCCUCCUAUAGAAUGGCUGGACCAAGACGGUGAAGACACCGAGGGUUGUGAUUUGAUUUAUCCCUUCCUGGUUUCCGACCCGGCCAUUCCAUCUCGUUUCGUGGUGUUUGCGCCCCUCCUCGACUUGGUUGACGUUGUGGCAAUAUACUCAUGGGAAACUGGACAAUGGACUCCCAGCAGUGGGUGGGAAUACAGAGAGUAUCCUGCCGUUACCAAGGAAUGUGUCUUCCUGAAUGGCAUGAUCCAUUUCUUGCAUUUGUUUGGCGAUGAACCUUUCAUAACUGUACUAGACAUUGAGGGGGAGCUUUUCCCGCAAAUUGAUGGCCCGGAUGGAAUGCUAGGGGCCACACCUGGUUAUGGUUCGGUGGGGUGCUCUUAGGGACUCCUUCAUGUUUGGUAUAUGGAUCCCCAUGAUUACGAGCUCUCUGUGUGGGUGCUCAAAAAUUAUGUCAGCGGAGAGUGGAUCCUAAAGCACACAGUUGACGUUCCAAAACUCUUUGAAGAAAUGGACUCCAAUGAAGAAAAGGAUCGUGACCAAGAGGAUGGCUCCUGUAAGUAUGAGAUGCUUGCAAUUCAUCCGGAAUACAAUGUGAUUUUCCUUACUGACCGGAAGAUGGUGAGUCUGUCGUACGAUAUGGACAGCGGGAAAGUGCAUCCCAUGUGCACUUCUGGAGAUUUCCUUGGUGGUCUACCUUUUAUUCCCUGCUUUGCGGAUUUGGCUCUCGAAUGAUCACUACCGCCUUUGAAAAGACCGUUCUUUUAGUUCCGUGGCACUGGUUUGGAUGCAACCGUUUUGUGGCGUUGAAUAAUGUUGGUCACCAGUAGAGAUUUUGUAAGCGACAACAGAUCCAGUGGGUAAUGCUUGCUUCGUUGUAUGAAUGACUUGGUGACCUAAAUAUAUUUGUGUUUUAUGUAGUACUGAUUAAUGUGGUCACUUGUUA